CCCUCCAUGUCUGGUUUGAACAGGGUUGUUUGCAUGUUCUUCCUCCUCCCCACCGGACUUUGAGCUCCUCGAGGGAGGGCACACAGUAGGUAUUUAAUCAAUGCUUGUGGACUCCAACACCCGCGGUCUCUCUUCGCACGCGCGCAGUGCGGAUCCAAGCGGGCGCGCGCUCGCGGGCGGGGCUCGGAGUCGGGAUCGUGCUCGUUGGCUCCACCUCCUUACUGCGUGCGCGGUACAGAUGGACUACGUUUCCCAGAAGCGUUUUCGCGCGACGCCGAUACUCCCUUAGUCGGGGCCGAAGGAAGGAGGGGCUCGUGACUUAACUUCCGGUUCCGACCUCUCGCCGCGUCCUGGACGCGCGCGCUCGUGACCGUCUCGGCUCCUUCCUCAGCCGCCACCGCUGGGGUCCGAGCCCGCGUUCCAGGUCCGGGAGGCUGCAGGUUCCCUGGCCCGGGCGGAGGAGAUGAGAAUGGCCCCCGUGCUCCAGAUGCCUGGCGGCCCCCAGGCCCCCGUGAGCUUCCAGGACGUGGCCGUGGACUUCACCCCGGAGGAGUGGGGGCGCCUGGCCCCUGCCCAGAAGAAGCUGUACCGGGAGGUGAUGCUGGAGAACUACGGGCACCUGGUCUGCCUGGGACUUGCCGUGUCCAGCCCCGACGUGAUCGGUCAGCUGGAGCGGGGGGAGGCUCCCUGGACAGCGGCCAGAGAUCCCCUGAGAAGCCGGCCAGAUGGCCACACUAGGACUGAAACCAGUGAGUCAGCUCCAAAAUUGGGCCUUUCUGUGGAAGAAGCAUCUUUUGAACAACUCACAAAGGAUGGUCCCUGUAUCCCUAGUUUCAGAAAAGCUGGAGCCUGUGCUUCAAGGUUAGAGGGGCAACAGGACAGUAAGGAACAGACUCUUCAGAAACGUGAUAACCAUAGAAAGGGUUUCAGGCUCCAGCCGGGCCGAAGACGAUAUCAUCGAAUCUGCUUAAAGAAGAUAUUUUCCAAGUACAAUGAAUGUGGGAAACCCUUUGAUUAUAAUUCAGGUCUUAUUGACUAUCAGUUAAUUCAUGCUGCAGAGAAACCUUUUGAAUGUAAUGAAUGUGGCAAAGGCUUCCGCUGGAGCACGGAACUUACUGUCCAUCAGAGAAUUCAUACUGGAGAAAAACCUUAUGAAUGUAAUGACUGUGGGAAGGCCUUCCGCCAGAGCUCGCAACUGACCAUACAUAAGAGAAUUCACACUGGGGAGAAACCUUAUGAAUGUCAUGAAUGUGGGAAGGCCUUCCACCAGAGCGCAGGACUUACACAGCAUCAGGCAAUUCAUUCCGGAGAGAAACCUUUUGAAUGUAAUGAAUGUGGGAAAACCUUCCGCCGGAGCUCACAGCUUACGGGACACCAGAGAAUUCAUACCGGAGAGAAACCAUAUAAAUGUAGCGAAUGUGGGAAAGACUUCCGACAAAGUUCACAGCUUACUAUACACAAGAGAAUUCACACUGGAGAGAAGCCUUAUGAAUGUCAUGGAUGUGGGAAGGCCUUCCACCAAAGUGCAGGACUCAUGCAACAUCAGAAAAUUCAUACGGGAGAGAAACCUUAUGAGUGUAAUGAAUGUGGGAAGGCCUUUCAUCAGAGCUCACAGCUUACUGUACAUCAGAGAAUUCACACUGGAGAGAAACCAUAUGUAUGUAAGGAAUGUGGGAAGGCCUUUCACUGGAGUUCACGGCUCACACAACACCAGAGAAUCCAUACUGGGGAGAAACCUUAUGAAUGUAAUGACUGUGGGAAAGCCUUUCGCCAGAGCUCACAACUCCUUGUACACCAGAGAAUUCAUACAGGGGAGAAACCUUAUGAAUGUAAAGAAUGUGGGAAGGCUUUUCAUCGAAGCACAGGACUUACACAACACCAGAGAAGUCACACUGGAGAGAAACCUUAUGAAUGUAAUGAAUGUGGGAAAACGUUCUUGCAGAAGUCUUGGCUUACUGUCCAUCAGAGAAUUCACACUGGAGAGAAACCUUAUGGAUGUAAGGAAUGUGGAAAGGCCUUCCGCCGGAGCUCACAGCUGACUCAACAUCAGAUAAUUCAUACCAGAGAAAAACCUUAUGAAUGUCAUGAUUGUGGGAAGACUUUCCACCAGACAUCUCAGCUUAUUCGACAUCAGAUAAUUCACACUGGAGAGAAACCUUAUAUAUGUAAUCAGUGUGGGAAGGCUUUCCGACAGAGCAAACACCUUACUCGACAUGAGAUAAUUCAUACUGGAGAGAAACCCUAUGAAUGCAAUGAAUGUGGGAAGGCCUUUCGCCGGAGCAUAGAACUUACCAGACAUCAGACGAUUCAUAGUGGAGGGAAACCUUUCGAAUGUAAUGAGUGUGGGAAAGCUUUCCGCCUAAGAACAAGACUUACUGAACAUGUGAGAAUUCACACUGAAGAGAAGCCUUAUGAAUGUAAUGAGUGUGGGAAGGCCUUCCGCCAGAGUGCAGGACUUAUACAGCACCAGAGGAUUCACACUGGAGAGAAGCCUUAUGGGUGCAGUGUGUGUGGGAAGACCUUUCGCCAGAGCUCACAGCUUAUUCGACAUCAGAGAAUUCACACUGGAGAGAAACCUUAUGAGUGCAACGUCUGUGAGAAUGCCCUCUGCUUGAAUAAACAGCUUACUCAACAGUACACUACACAAAUUGGAGAGAAGCCUUAGGGAGGUAAAAACGUUAUGAAUGUAACAAACAUGAGGAUUUCAGCCAGAGUACACACUAUACUUUAUUGUAGAGAACUUAUACCAAAGGAAAUCUUAUAGAUUAACAAGUCAAUAUCACACUUCCCACAGUGGCCAUUCCAGAUCAUUUCCUUUCUUAAGUCUCAAGCCAUCCAUUUUCCCCCAGUGUCUACACUUACAUUAGAUGACUUUGCCACAUUCCCCCUCUCCCCCAUGACCAAUGAAGUCUAUCUAACUUGAACUGAUUUCCCCAAUUCCACAUCUGUACAGUUCUUGAAAAUGUCCAUUGCUUUCUCUUAGGCCUUAUAGCGACAGAAAGUCACAGAAUCAGCUGAGUAGAGACAUGCCCUUUUGGUCAUCUUGUCCAGUCUUUAUCCUUAGAAAAGAUUUAGCUAGAAUACAUACAACAAGAUGAAAACACUUUCCCUAUCAGAGUCCCAUGGUUAGAGCUGUAAAGGGCCUUGGAGGUCCAACCUCUACCUGAACAAGAAUACCCACUACCACAAAAUGAAAUGGCCAUUUAUGCUUUGCUAGAAGACUUCUGGGGGGCUGGAGUGGGGAGCAUUUUCUCUUGAUGCACUCCAUUGCUGUGCAGUUUCCUCCUGUUCCUUUGGAUUCUGUCCUCGGGGGCCAAACAGGGUCUUUCAGAUACAUGACCAUGUCUGUCAUGUUCUCCCAUUGCUCAAGGACUUGAAGGUAUUGAUCCUUUUCUAUCUCUCCCAACCCAGUAGCCAGUGACCUGCCUGUUCUCUGCAUGAUCUCCAGCUUUCCAGUGUCUUUACACUGAUUCCCCAACAACAAAACUGAACAGAGUUCUCCAGAUGGGCUCUGACAAGGGCAGAAUCAGGUGCCAGACCAUUCCCAGAUGCCUCCUCUAAUCUCUCCACUAAUCAAAUGAAUAAAAACCCUAAUCCUUGGCACUCCAGCCUAUCCAACACCAACCCAUACCUUAUCUUUGUAUCUCCUGGUGUUAGUAUUGCCACUUUGUAGACGAGGAAGUCAAAGCGGAGGGAGAUUAUGACUUGUCCAUGGUAACCAGAUUAAUGUUACAUCUUCAGCAUCUCAAUGCCUUGCAGUCUCCUUUCUUUCCCACCCUCUCUGAUCUCUCAGAGCUCACUAGGGAACCUCUUUAUUGCUGUUCAAUCCAAAUUCUCAUUUGCCUUUAGCAUGUAUUUGACAGUGACGGUCACCAUUUUGAUAAUCUCAUCUUCAGGGAUGAGAAGCUGAGCUUAGCUCUCUUAGCUAAACAAUAUUAUAAAUAAAGAGCAUGGCCCAUCAAAUCCCUUUCUAACAAACCUAUAAGGUAAGUAGGGGCAAGCAUCCCCAUUUUGUAGAUGAGGUCAGGGGAGGCAUUGAAAGAUUUGCCUGUGGUCCAGGAGCUAUUUACUGCUAAGGUGGAAUUCAAAUCCAGGUCUCCUGACUCUCAGCCUGGCAUUCUUUUCACUAUAUCAUGCUGGUAUUUCCUUCUUUAUUUUUCCUUCUUUAUCUCCAUCUAGGUGGCACAAUGGAUAGA